AUGUCGAAGCUGCCUCAACGAGUACCAGCGCCGAGGCAGAAGCUCAAUUUGGUAUGCAACGCUUUCACACUCACAGCAAACCAUACCAAACACAAUAAGGAGCAUGCUGGUAUUGUCGAGUUGAACCAGCAUUACAUCAACAUGGCUAGUCCGAAGAACAUUCGGGUAUGCCACAUCCUACAACUACCACCAGAGCUGCGAAAUGCGAUCUUCGAAACAGCAUACACGGUGACGCCUGCAGAAAAAAGGCCACUGUUUCAACGCGAUGGUCUAUCCUGGGAGCUGCUCCUCACCUGCCGACAGAUCUACAAAGAAGCGCUCGGAAUCCGCGAACAAGCGCAUCACACUUACUGGUCUCAAAAAGCCUUGGUCGCGGACAAGGUGCUAGUUGGCACCACAGUACCUCAACUCGGACUUUUACGCAAUAAGGAUAUCACGUCAAUCACGAGCAUCUGGCUGGCUCACGAUGAAUUUGGCGAGAGAACAGUCUUCGACCGCGGCGUUUGGCAAAAUGAGACCGGGGAGUGUUGA